UUUUUUUGUAUGGGUAAUCAGGUGUAUUUUUGUAUCCUUUGACCCUAGGUCAGACGCCCAACAUUGCAAUCCGCCAUUUUGACUCGAGCUGCAGCCGACGUUCAUGCCCUUUGUUUAUUUCUUCCAGGCUUCUAGCCGUUUCUACAAGUGGUGUAACAGCUUUAACUUGGAAUUCGGUCUGACAUGGCGUCUGCGAGCUCUGGGUCUCCAACCGACGUUCCUCAGGACAGCAGACAAGCGCUGAAGGUCAACCUAGCUGCUGACAUGACAAGCGGUCAGGAUGAUUUGAAUAUAGGUGGGGCAUCAAGACACAAAAGUGAGGAUUUCAGAGAUGAAAAAAUCCAUGGAGAAACGUUGUGUGACAGUAACCAGUUCAGAGCUUUGACGUGUCAGCAGAUACCUGGCGCAGCAGAACACAGUGAUGAAGAACCCAACAUUAGUGGGGAGGAGGAUGGAGAUAGUACAGAGCUCAGCAGAGAUGAAAACAUUGAAAGAGAAGUGUUGCAGAAGGACAACCAAUUUGGAGCAGUUAUGUGUCAGCAGAUACCUGGGGCAGCAGAACACAGUGAUGAAGAACCAAACAUCAGUGGGGAGGAGGAUGGAGAUGAAACAGAGCUUGAUAGAAAGGAAAAAAUGCAUGUAGGAGAAACGUUGCACAACGACAACCACUUGGGAGCUGUUAUGUGUCAGCAGAUGAUGGGCACAGCAAAUCACAUGGAAGAAGAACCCAGCAUCAGGAGGAUGUUGGAGGAGGAUGAGGAGAGUGGAGAUGGAACGGAGAGCCACAGAGAUGAGAAAAUCCAUGAAGGAGGAACGUUGCAUGACGUUAGCCAGUUUGGAGCUCUUAUGUGUCAGCAGAUGACUGGCGCAGCAAACCACGUUGAGAAAGACCAUAACAUUAGUGGGGAGGAUGGUGAGAAUAGAAUGGAGCCUACAGAAGAUGAAAAAUUCCAUACAGGAGAAACAUUGCGUGACGACAGCCAGCUUGCAGCUGUUACAAAUCGACGGUUAAACCGACGCAAAAAAGCGACACAGAAAACCAACGCAGCUAGCCACAAUGACGAAGGACAGAAGAUAUGUGGAGAAGUUGGAUAUACAACAUCUAAAAAGAGGUCCAUUCUUUCUCGGCACCUGAAGACACAAACCAAAGAGGAACCAGACAGUAUGUCCGACGAGUCACACCUCUCCAAACAUAAAAAGACGUACAACUGUAGUGAGUGCGACUAUUCAUCGACUCGGUUAAGGUGCUUUGACAUGCACAUGGCUAAACACACCGGCGAGAAACCCUACAUUUGUGUAGAGUGCGGCUACGAAACAGCAAGCAAGUCUGGCCUCUCUAGACAUAAGAAAAUCCACUCGAGAGAAAAGCCAUACAAAUGUGACCAGUGCGACUUUCGCACAGCCUGGAAGGAGUACCUAAGUUUGCACAAAUCAAAGCACACCGGUGAGAAACCCUACACGUGUGAAGAGUGUGGCUACAAAUCAGCAACUAGUUCCAGCUUGUCCAGGCAUUGGAGAAUACACACAGGAGAGAAGCCAUUUAAGUGCAACCAGUGCAACUUUUGCACAGCUUGGGAGAACUACUUAGACUUACACAUGGCUAAACACAGUGGAGAGAAACCCUAUACGUGUGGGGAGUGCGAGUUCAGGACAGCCUACAAGUGUCACCUUUCCAGACACAAGAGAAUACACACAACAGAGAAACCGUACAGGUGUAACCUGUGUGACUAUUCGGCAAACCAGAAAGGACACCUGGACAGACACAUGACUAAGCACACUGGCGAGAAACGGUACAUGUGUGACGUGUGUGGGUUCAGAUCAAGUACCAAGUCUAACCUCUCCAAUCAUACCAAGUUACACACGCAAGAUAAGCAUGUCAGGUCCAAGUUACACAUGCAAGAUAAGCAUGUCAGGUGUAGCCAAGUCAUGGAAAAGUCGUUCAAGUGUGUGGAGUGUGACUUUUGCACUGCGCGUAAGGACAGCUUGAAGACCCACAUGGCUAAGCACACAGGUGAGAAACGUUACAUGUGUGAAAAGUGCGGUGUCCAGACGGCUCACCACUCCCAACUCACCCACCACAUGAAGCUACACACGGGAGAGAAGCCACACAAGUGCGACCUGUGUGACUACAGCUCCAUAUGGAGUGGAAACCUCGCUAAGCACAUGGUUAAACACACCGGUGAGAAGCCCUACAUGUGUGAUCAGUGUGGGUACAGGUCAGCUUACAGGUCUGGUCUCACAAGUCACAUGAAGGUACACGCCAGCCUGGAAAAGCAAGUCAAAACAGUGUUUUUCCAGGACAGGGCACAAGAAUGACCCUCCAGCAGUGUGACUUAUGUAUGAAAUAAGUGGCAUCAUGUGUUGUAAUGGUUAGUGUGUUGGGCCCAUACGGCCAUAGUCAAGGGUCCUUGGUUUGAUCCCAAAGUGAGUUCCUAGCUAGGGACGUCCCUCGGAUAGGGAAAACUGAGAUGUUUGAGGACAGCCACACCUCGAGCACGUUGAUUAAAGAACUGACCACAAAGAGUCGGCAUCCUUCCCCGUGUGAGUGGUUCAAACCUUCGUCAGAUUCUUGGGUAGCAUUUUGAAAAGGUUACAGUCACUUGAUAUGUCACUCCCUUUAGCAAGAGUUAGUAAAUCACAAUAAGACGAUAAACAAACUGACAUACAAGAAAAGUUUAAAUAGCCACUUUUCUGAACAUUGAUGAGAUGUUUGUGGUGGAGAGUGGGUAGAUGUCAGCUGACAGGUCUCACCUCUCCUAAAACAUGCAAGAUGUACUAUACCCAGUUUGUGAUAUACUUCUUCUAAUCAGUCCACUUCUAUCUAUUCUCUCUCCCUCCCUCUCCCUCUAUCUAUCUAUCUAUCUAUCUAUCUUUCUAUCUACAUAUGUAUAUGAAUAGAGAGAAAGAAGUGGACUCUGCCAUAUAUUUAAGUAGAACAGAUUCAAGAAACUGGAUGUCAUAAUUAUAAGCAGGGUUUAAUAUAAGAAAGAUAUGAGAACCCUCACAAUACAAAAAUUGAUGCAAAAAUUUAUACAUCCUUUGUUAUUCGUAAAUAUACUGUAACCAACUACUAAUAUCAUCCCUACUUGACUUUACUGUAUUUGUACAUACAAUGUAUUACUGAUAUACUGAUAUAAGC